AGAAGUAGAAGUAGCCAAAGAACAGAAACACAACCCCAGCAGAAUCUUAGCUGGAUGCACCUCCUUCACUUUCUCUUUCACUUUCCUUUCCUUUUCCUCUCUUCUAAUUCAACCCUUUAUGAUUUUCUUUCCUUUUCUUUUCUCUUUCACUUUCCUGGAAAAUAAAACACUAAAGUCCCCACAUAAAAAAUCGCACUCUACUGAUCUUCUUCCACUGAAACACCACCACCACAAUGCCCACCACCGCCACAUCCUCCACCUUCUUCAUCACAUUCUUGUUAGUCUUAUCCUGCGCACCCCUGCACUCAUCCUCCACCACCCCUAACCGUAGAAUCCUCCACCAGCCAUUCUUUCCUCUGGACAUCAUUCCUCCAUCUCAACCACCGUCCCCUUCUCCACCUUCUCCAUCAACCCCUCCCAAAAUCCCUUUUGCCACUACUACGCCUAAUCAAUCUCCAUUUUUUCCUUCUUACCCGUCCCCUCCACCUCCUCCUGGUCCUGCUACAUUUGCUUCUUUUCCUGCUAAUAUCUCUUCUCUUAUCCUCCCUCAGUCGCCUGUACCAAAACCCAGUUCCCACAAACUACUUGCUGUUGCAAUUUCCGCUGUUGUUUCUGCCAUUCUUGUAUUGGGUUUUCUUGUCUUUUAUUAUGGCCGACGCCGGCGAAACCGUGGAUUUUCGGAUGACAAGACUUAUAGAUCGGAUAACAGUAAUAGAUUAUAUGCAGCAAAUGUAGAUACUAGAAACAGCAAUCGUCACAAGCUACGAGCUACUUCAACUAGCUCUGAGUUUCUCUAUUUGGGUACUUUGGUCAAUUCACACUCCAUUAAUGAAGGUUCUAAUGGCGAUGAAAAUGGUAAUGCCGGGUCCGAUCCUCGGAAAUUGGAUUCACCGGAGUUACUUCCAUUGCCACCACUUAAUAGGCAGAGUUCGCGGCAGAAUUACGGGAAUGGGGAAGUUGGGUCCACUGCCGAUGAAGAAGAGGAGUUUUACUCGCCGAGAGGGUCUUUGGGAGGUAGAGAGAGCUUGACCGGAACCGGAUCAGGGUCUAGAAGAGUGUUUACCGCUGUCGGCGCUGAGGAUUUUGACGGAAGGAGCUCUGGCUCCAGCUCGUACUUGUCUUCUACUUCUGGUUCUCCUGCUAGGUCUCAGUCCCUUAGUAUAUCUCCGCCGGUAAGUUCGAGCCCACGACCAAAAUCACCGGAAUCUACUAAUUUUCAGGCUGUCCCAGCACCUUCUCCGCCUCCACCACCAAUAAUGCCGCCGGAAUCUCCAUCCGCUUCAUCUCCAGAUGAAUCACCAAGAAUAUCGUUUAAUUUGGAGCGAAACGGACUGUCUCCAAUACUGUCUUUAGCUUCAUCAUCGCCUACCAAAAGUUCGAAGAAAAGUGCAAUUGGGUCUCCGCGAAUGAUGAAUGAUGCGGAUCGAAGCGUGAGGUCUCCAUCUCUGUCCCCAGCAAGAGUUUUCAAUGUUUUGGAUCAAAAUAGAAAGUCCCCUUCACUACCCUCAGUUUCUACAUCACCUGAUAGAACUAGUUUAGAAAAAAUACCAAUGACUACACCUAUAAUAUCAAAUGCUUUGGAUCGAGAUGUGAAGUCUCCAUAUCUGUCUUCUGCUUCUACAUCGCCAGAUAGAAUUUUUGAAAAAUCCCCAUCUCCAUUUCCUUCUCCAUCUCAAACAGCACCAAAUGAUUUGGAUCCAAAUGUGCGGUCUCCUUUGCUGUCAUCAGCUUCUACUUCACCAGCAAGAUGUUUGAACAACAACCCACUUGCAUAUCCAAGAAUUUCAAAUGUUUCUGAUCAAAGUAAGCGUCUUUCUUCUUAUUCUUCAGUAUCUUCAGCUUCUUCGUCACCAGAUAGAGGUUUGGAAAGAAGCCCUGAUGCAUCACCUCUAAUGACUUUUGGUCUAAAUGUAAGAAUCAGCAGUGUCUUAGACCAGCCUAUUUCAGUUGCGCCUCCUCCUCCCCCAACACCACCACCACCACCACCACCACCACCACCACCACCGCAACAACAACAAAGACAGUCGCAAACCCCACCACCACUGCCACGACAACGAAAACACUGGGACACCGCAGUUGCAUUAACACCUACGGGCCAGCCAAUUUCCAAGACACCAAUACUUAUACCGCCUUCAAGGCCUUUUGUGUUACAAAGCACAUCUAUGGUGUCUCCUUUUGAAUUGCCACCAAAUUCUGAAACAAUUGAGGAUGUGGAUGAGACUCCUAAGCCAAAAUUAAAGCCUUUACAUUGGGAUAAAGUUAGAGCAAGCUCUGACCGUGAAAUGGUCUGGGAUCAGCUGAGGUCAAGCUCUUUUAAAUUGAAUGAGGAGAUGAUGGAAUCUUUGUUUGUUGUAAACACCGCAAAGCCAAAAUCAAACCAGACAACUCCACGCCCUGUUAUUCCUUCACCAAACCAAGAGAAUAGGGUACUUGAUCCCAAAAAGGCACAGAACAUAGCAAUUUUGCUCAGGGCACUCAAUGUGACAAUUGAGGAAGUUUGUGAAGCGCUUUUAGAAGGCAAUACUGAUACACUUGGAACUGAACUUCUAGAAAGUUUAUUGAAGAUGGCUCCUACAAAAGAAGAAGAGCGUAAACUGAAGGAAUAUAAAGACGACUCACCAACCAAGCUUGGUCAUGCUGAGAAAUUCCUCAAGGCUGUGCUUGAUGUACCUUUUGCUUUUCAGAGAGUAAAUGCAAUGCUUUACAUAACCAAUUUUGAUUCUGAGGUUGAGUAUCUCAAAAGAUGCUUUGAGACUCUAGAGGCAGCAUGUGAAGAACUUAGAAGUAGUAGGAUGUUCUUGAAACUUCUAGAGGCAGUUCUCAAGACAGGAAACCGCAUGAAUGUUGGGACUAACCGUGGGGAUGCCCAUGCAUUCAAGCUGGACACACUUCUUAAGCUUGUUGAUGUCAAGGGAGCAGAUGGAAAGACCACUCUAUUGCAUUUUGUUGUACAGGAAAUUAUAAGAACUGAAGGUGCUCGUCUCUCAGGUACCAACCAAACUCCAAACUCCAUGUCGAGUGAAGAUGCUAAGUGUAGGAAGCUUGGCCUGCAAGUUGUUUCUGGUCUAAGCUCAGAGCUCUCCAAUGUGAAGAAAGCAGCUGCUAUGGAUUCUGAUGUGCUUAGCAGUGACGUCUCAAAACUUUCCAAAGGCAUUGAGAAUAUCAACGAGGUUGUGCGAUUAAAUGAAACAACUUGGUUGGAUGAAACCAGCCAGAAAUUUUCAGAUGCAAUGAAGAAAUUCAUGAGAGUGGCUGAGGAGGAGAUCAUAAGGAUUCAAGCUCAUGAAAGUGUUGCUUUGUCUUUAGUAAAAGAGAUCACAGAGUACUUCCAUGGGAAUUCAGCAAAAGAAGAAGCUCACCCUUUCAGAAUCUUUAUGGUGGUAAGGGAUUUUCUUAAUGUUCUUGAUCGGGUUUGCAAAGAAGUUGGUAUGAUUAAUGAGCGAACAAUAGUUAGUUCUGCUUAUAAAUUUCCAAUUCCUGUAAAUCCAACGCUGCCACAGGGUUUUGCUGGACCAAAUGCAAGGAACCAGAACAGUUCUGAUGAUGAUGACAGUGCCUCUCCUUAGAAUUUGUGGCUGAUAUCAGGUUGAAUUUUUGUUGCAUUUAGCUAACAACUGCCAAAGUUUGGUGGUUUGGCUUUGCUGGGUUUUCACGCCACAUUCAUGUAAUUUAUUUUCUUUUUUCUCCAAUAUUUGUAUAAAGUUUUGGGAUUGCUUUUGUUCUACAGAUAGUAUAUAGAAGAGAUCUUUGAGAAGAAUAAGGCAGAAUACUGAAUUGGGCAGACAAUGGUAAGUGUAUGUCAUGUAAGCCUAUCAAAGACCUCGAUUAUAGGAAUGUUAUUUAGUUAUAGAAGUAAAGCUCUUGACUAUAGGAUUUUCCUGUUAUAUAGAAUAAUCUGUAUUGUAUUCCACUUAAUGAUCUUUUUAUGUCGAGAAAUUCUCAUGUGAUUAUGCUUUCA